AUGAAGGGGACCCCCAGCUCCCUGGAUACCCUGCUGUGGGUCUACCACUUCCACAGCUCCACCGAGGUGGCCCUCCAGCCCCCGCUUCUUUCUUCCCUGGAACUCGCUCUGACGGCGGCCCAUGAAUAUCUGGAGCAGAGAUUCGGGGAGCAGAAGUCCCUGGAGCCCCGAGAGCCUGAGAAGCCGCCGGCCCCGGAACCCACCCUGGGGCUGGUGUUAAAAGAAGCCACGGCCAGCUGCCUAAAUUUCAGUGUCACCUUGUUAGAGAUCUCAGCCCUGUGGCUGCAGCGGGAGGCGCAGCGAGUAGGUGACGACAACGACGACAGCCCGGGCCCAACUUCAGAUGCGGGAGAUCCGGGUCGAGUGCUGGCCCGGGUGGCCCAGGCCGCAGGACAGGGGGUUCGACAAGCGAGGGCUGCAGCUGGCGCAAGCACUCGACUCCUCCUCCAGGGGGCAUGGCUAUGCCUGUCUGGACGGGGUCUGCAGGGAUCUGCCUCAUUCCUGCAGCAAUGGGGACGCCACCUGGGUCUCGGAUACCCUGAGGAACGGGCAUACUCAGAAGACCUCAAGGUGGCGUCCAGCAACAGCAGCGCAGAGGACUCGGGCCGGGAGACCGAGCGCCUGUCCUAG